AGUGAUCCCAUUCCUCGUCCCUCGUGUCCAGGCAUCCAGUUAGAACUUGCAUACGUAGAAACGGGAAGAAGGACCUCAAAAACGAACUACCUAACCAUGGCGACUCAUCGAUUCGACCCCAACUUCACAGACAAUGUCAUCAACGCCAUGGGCCCUAAGACGUCUCCCCGCAUGCGUCAGGUCAUGAGCAGUCUGAUAAGGCAUAUUCAUGACUUUGCACGGGAGAAUGAAAUCACUGUUGAUGAGUGGAUGACCGGUGUGAAUUUCAUCAAUCGGGCCGGUCAGAUGAGUGAUCACAAACGAAACGAGGGCCAACUUCUGUGCGAUGUCAUCGGACUGGAGUCCCUUGUGGACGAGAUCACCUUCAAGCUGGCUGAACAGGCAGCAGAUGCACCCACCGCAACCGCCAUCCUGGGACCUUUCUUCCGUCACGAUACUCCCCACCGGAAGAAUGGUGACAACAUGGUGACGGGCGUCGACGAUGGAGAGAUGGUCUUCAUGCACGGCAGAGUGGUGGACUUUGUCACGAAGAAGCCACUCGUUGGUGCGGUCGUUGAAGCCUGGGAGGCCUCGACCAACGGCUUGUAUGAGCAGCAGGAUCCGAACCAGGUCGAGCACAACCUACGGGGUAAAUUCACCACGGAUGCGGAUGGCAGAUACUACUUCUACUGCUUGAGACCUACUCCUUAUCCAGUUCCAGAUGAUGGCCCCGCUGGAAAGCUAUUGGAACUUAUGGACAGACAUCCAUUCCGUCCUGCACACAUCCAUCUCCUGGUGACAUACGAGGGCUACAGGCCUCUGACGACACAGAUCUUCGACCGCAGCGAUCGCUACCUCACUAACGACUCUGUCUUUGCGGUCAAGGACUCUUUGAUUGUGGACUUCGUUCCUCGAAAGGAUGAUCCUCAAGCUGCGCUUGAGCUGGAGUAUGAUGUUAGGCUUGUUCCUGGCAACGUCAAGACGAAUGGAGUCUAAUGAUUUAUCUGUAUUUAAUAAUGAGCUGUCGCCUAUUGUUUCUUUAAUUUGAUACCAAAAACCUCUGCUCUUUCCAGUUAUUCCAUAAAGUGACUGGGAUAGCUCCCAUAAUAUAAGUUCGUCAUGAUAGUCACU